UGUUGAAAUUAAUAAUAUGUUACUAUUAAAAGACAUAUAAAAGUUGUAUUGGGUGAUAGCUUUUCAGUUAGUAAAAAUGACGAAGUGGAAGUUAUGCCGUCAAACUUUCGGCAGUGAAACUUAUUCCUUUUCGGAAGGAGAAGAAGUGUCUUUAGGCCGAGGAUUUAACAAUACCAUAACAUUGUCCAGUUUAGUUGUAUCUAGGACACAUUGUUUGAUAAAGUUUCAAAGAAACCAAAUACUGAUAACAGAUUUAAAUAGUUCCAAUGGAAUAUAUGUUGGUACAAAAAGAAUUCCAGCAAACAUACCAUAUGCAAUAAAGGAAUCUGAUGUAAUUGGAAUCGGAUGGGCUAUAGACGUACCACUUGGUAAAAUUCAGGAUAAUGAAAAAUUUGUUUUCAAAGUUGUCAAAGAACCAAUGUCUGUAAUAGACAGGAUAACUUUUCAAGAUGAUGAUUUAGACAUCAUUGAAGAAAAAAUCGCCAGUUUGGAGGGCACUAAAAGUACAACUAAAAAUGAUUUAUUUGAAGACAAACCAUUUUUAAAACGGAAAUUUUUAGAAUCUAAUUCUUUGCCAAGAAUAAUAGAAAACAAUAAAAUAAAAAAUGAACCUAUUAAUGUGCUAGAUGGUGAUGAAAUCAUUCAAAUUUCCGACAGCGACACAGAAAAUAACUUUAAACAACCUGAAACAGUACUAAGAAAAAAACCAAAAUUAGAGCCAGUAUCUGAAGAGCCCCAUAAAGAAACAUGUAUGCAUAACAAAAAUGAAACCAAUUUAAAUCAUAAAGGACUGAAGUUGGCAAUAGGCAAUGGGGAUUCUCGCAGGGAUUUUAUUGAAACUAACUUUAAUCCAAAAACUCCAAACUGUGAUCAACCCAAUGAAUUUCCUCAAAAAGAAAAUAUACAAAUCAAGAAUGAAAUAAAAACUGAUAAUGAGUAUUUAGAAUUUGAAGCUUUCAAUGUAAAACAAGAAUAUUCAGGAUAUGAUGAAGCUAUUGAAAUUGAUAGCGACAGUGACAGUGAAUCAGAACAUUGGUACUUGAGAUUGUCACAGAGCUCUCCAGGUAAACCAUUUAUGAAAAUGCCAGAGAAAAUGGACAAUAAACCAGAAGAUAGCUCUUACAGCCAAAUGGAUGAUGGUCUCGACUGUAGUGCCUAUUUAAACAAUGAAAAUGAAUAUUUAGAUGAAGCUAUAUCUAUACCACCUCAACCACCUGAUGCUGAUAAUGAAUUAUCAGAAGCUGUUGCUGAAAUACUUUAUGAAAGCAAUCAAACUGCUCAAAAUAGUUCUAAAGCUCAAAUACAUGAAGUUGAUCUUAUGGGAAAUCUUUCACAUUCUAGAAGUCCACCUAGUUCUGGUAAAGAUGAAAUUGAUGGAUAUUGUACAAAAGAAGCACUCCAUGUGACUACAACUGCUACUACCAAGGUUUUAGAACCUCCUGGAGGGAAAAAAGCACAAAUGAUUGAACCUCUACACCAAGUGAAAAGAAAAAUAAGUCUUAGUACAAAAACAAGUCUCUCUACAAAAACAAUUCAAAACAUAGAAACAAAACAACCCACUAAAACCAGUGAGAAUGAAAGCAAAGCAACUGCUAAACCAGAAAGUAAAUCAAAAAGAUCUUCCAAGCAUGAUAAAAAAACAAAACACACUUCAAAAUCCCAUAUAACUAAUUCACAAAAAGAAGAACGGAAAAGAAAAUUAAAGGAAAUUGCUCAGAAAGGUAAAGAAGAACCUGAGCCAGUUUCUUCCCAUCAAGAAGAUAAAUCUACGAAGUCAGUGUCUCAUAUAAAAGUUACAUCUUCAACCAGACAAGCAUUUUUAACCGAUGAACUAAUUGGAAAACCAAUUAAGAGAAAAGAAAGUCCACCAAAAACAAAAACAGACAAAACAAAGAAAGGCAGUGCAUCCCCAGAAGAUAAAAAUAAAUCUAUGGAUAAAACUAAUGAUGUUGAACAUAGAACCAAAUUAGAAGAGAAAUCUAAAAAAGACAAAACCAAAAAACAAAGUGUGUCCCCAAAAGAAGUCCAGGAAAAUAAAUCUACAGAACAAAUGAAUGAUGUUGAACAUAGCACCAAAUUACAAGAAAAGUCUAACAAAAAGGAAAGUAAACAUUCCAACAACAAAACUAUACACAGUCCAAAAGAUCCCAAAUGCAAUGGCAUUUCAAAAAGUAGUAAAUCAGAUUCAAAAACAUCAUUAAAGAUAUUGAAACCAUCGAUAGAAAAUGUUAAUUCAAAGACACAAGAUUUAAUUGAAAAGAAAAAGAAACGGACUGUCCGUUUUUCGGAAGCACCACCAGAAGUGCAUUAUUUCACAAUUGAGGAUGGAAAUAAGAUGAAGAAAACUAGUUUAGCCCAAACGAAUUUAGGGGUCACCAGACAAAUGCCCUGUCUUUCUCUAGAAAGAACUACUCUGAUGAAAAUCUUGCGAUGGAAUCCUCACUGGUUAGAGGAGCAAAUAAACAAUAAUGACCCACCACCAAUACUGGGGCAUAGUAAUCCACCUUUAGCUGUCUUCCAGUCAUUUAGCAACCACAACCAAUAUGUGCAGUUAAUUGGAGAUUUACUACUAAUGGAAAUUUGGGAAUGUUUAACAAUAGCUUAUAUGAAACUGCGUAAUCAAGAUGUUGGUAUAAGAAUGGUCAUUGCGUCGUUACCACCUGCACCCACUCAAGAGAGAAUUUUUGAUACUUUUAAUAUCAGUGUUGAUGUUUCAAUGCCUACUUCCGAGACAAGGAAUAUGCCCAGGGUUGGCGAAAUAUUACUUGUUACAUUCGGACCAGAGAGUGUGAGGCAUCAAAGGUUCUUCUUUGUACACCAUAUCAGAUGUCUUCCAUCACCACAAAGUAACAGAAAUUCCUUUUAUAACAUAACUCUGCAAGCCACAUACAGUGAGAAAAUGCAGUUGUUGAAACAAGGUGAACCUAUGACAGCGAUUAGGUUGGCUUACAUCAAUAAAGAGCUGUCGCUGUUCGAAUCGAUGGCGUAUAUGGCAGGCUCGCCGCUCAGCGAGGCCAUCUUGCGGCCGGAGCCGCGCCACUUUAUGAGGAGACACCAUCCUGGCGUGAAUAUUACAAAUCCGUGGACGAUAACUCUAAACCCGAGUCAAUACGCGGCGGUGGAAUCGUCAGUGUCGGCGGCCAUGGGCGAUCGGCCCUGCAUACAGAUGGUGCAAGGGCCGCCUGGGACAGGAAAAUCCAGCGUGAUAUGUUCUAUAGUGAUGUCGUACUUUUAUGAUGAACACCGGAGCAAGCAACAGAACCGAGGAAAGAUUUUAAUUUGCGCGACGAGCAACGCCGCCGUCGACGAACUGGUUAUUAGAUUGCUCAACAUAAGACAAACAUUGCCGAACGACGAUAGGUUCGGCAUGGUGCGCGUGGGGCGGGCAGAGAUGAUGCACCAGCGCGCGUGUGACGUCAGCUCGCAGUAGCUGGUUUAGGAGAAAAAUAUUUUUAACUGUAUCUUCACAGCAUAGAGUUAAAA